GCUUACUAGUGGAAUUUUGGCAGGGGUUGAAUGCUAAUUAGUUGUUGUUCUGUUUGUAAAGGAACUUGUGAUCUACGUUAAAAUAUUAAGGAGUUAUAUUAUCAGUUGAUAUGGAUAUAUUAGGGAGUCUUAAAGGAUUCUUUAAAACUGAAUAUACUAUAAUCGACAACAAUGUUUUUAGAUUACACUACAAGGCCACAAUGGUCUUUCUCGUGGCAUGUAGUCUUUUGGUAACCGGCAGGCAGUAUAUUGGUGACCCCAUCGACUGUAUUUCCAAAGACGACAUUCCCACGAACUUGCUGGACACGUUUUGUUGGAUACACACAACAUUUAGUGUUGAAAACGCGUGGCACAAGAAAGUCGGAAUCGAGGUGCCUUAUCCAGGAGUGGACAGUUAUUCACCAGGGGAAAAAAGAGUGUAUCAUGCCUAUUAUCAGUGGGUGUGCUUUGUUCUAUUUCUUCAAGCCGCGAUGUUUUACGUUCCUCGCUACUUCUGGAAAGCUAUGGAAGGUGGCAGGCUAAAAAACAUCAUCUUGGGUCUGAACUCUUGUGUUUUGCCCAAGGAUAGCAAGGACGAGAAUCGUUCUCUACUGGUCGAGUAUUUGAUGGCGAAUUUGAACCACCACAACAUGUACUUCAUAUGCUACGUCCUCGCCGAGGUCAUGAAUUUUGCCAACGUGGUUGGUCAGAUGUUCUUAAUGGACACCUUCCUCCAGGGUGAGUUUUCUACUUAUGGUUCCAAAGUCAUCCAGUUCAGCGAGUGGGACUGGUCAGUUCGAUACGAUCCAAUGAUCAAAGUGUUUCCUCGACUGACCAAGUGUACCUUCCACAAGUACGGUUCCUCCGGCGAUGUCCAGCGUCACGACGCCAUGUGCAUACUUCCAAUCAACAUUUUAAACGAAAAGAUCUACGUUUUCCUCUGGUUUUGGUUCGUUAUACUAGCCAUCCUCUCUGGUAUAGUUUUGGUUUACCGGGCAUUCAUCAUAUUCAUACCCAGAUUGAGAUUCGUCAUUUUGCGAUCCCGCUGCCGACUGGUCAAUCAAGACUACCUUGAAUCUGUCGUGGAUAAAUGCAAAAUGGGUGAUUGGCUGGUUCUCAGCUUCUUGUCCAAAAACAUUGAUCCCCUCAACUUCCGAGAUGUUGUAACCGAUUUUGCUCGAAAGCUAAGUGGAAAAGAAUUCGACAACGUUUGAGUUUCUAAUUAGUUGGUAAAUUUUGAACUAUUGUCAAACUUAUUUUCCCCGUUUUCUUAACAUGUGAAUCCAGAGAAUUUCGGGGUCCGAGAUUAUGUCUGUACUUUAUUCUUAUUUUAUGUAUUUAUUUUAUGUAUUUCCAUCUACCAUAGAUAUUGUUCCGGAUCCUGGUUGUUACCAGAUAUACCUAGAGAGACUCGUAAACGUUUGAGCAAUUAUUGUGUUACUACUUUCAGCGCUGUUUGGUAAGCGAUGUGUCCUGGCCUUACGAUUUAGGUUUUAAUGUCGUAUUAAUGUUCAGUGUGCUCUUGUACGAAAACUUGUCUAAAUCAUUGAUUUUCUUCAGGUGUUGCAAGUUUCAACCAGCUGGUCAAGUGUCAAAUAUAUUAUUCAACUAGCCUUGUUUAUUGUUACGCGUAUGACAAUACUUUUUAACUUACUUCGAGGGGGAGACUGUGGGGAUGUAGUUAAUACAAACUAGUGCUUGUACUUCAGAUAGUUUUACCGAGAUAUGUUUAACAGGUUACAACAUUAAUUUGGGAGUUAAACACUGUAUCGCUUUGUUUCCCAUUCAUUUAAAGUUUUAAAAAAUCCCUAAUUGCCAACAAAAGUGAAUUUUUUUAACAUGUUAAAAGAAGGGGGGGGACGUACUCUUCCAGCGAUUAAAGUUACAACCCCCCCUAAUCUUAAGAUUUAUUCUAACAAACUUUCACUUAAUAUUGUAAAAUCAAUGAUUUCAUCUUUCGUUUCUAUUCAACUGUGUUAUACGUGUACGUACAAGUUCCUUUUUUUUUUUGAAGUUGUUUAUACAGAAUAAAUUACUUGAUUAGUUGCUGUGCAAUGAUUUUUUUUUUUUUUAUGAGUAACAAA